AUGGCUGCUAGCCGGGGUUCAAUAGCUGCCGGUGGGCUAGGUGGUGUGACAGCCUUACUACUUCUGGGGUUCUCAGCUUCUGUGCAGUUUGUUUUUGCUUCGAGAGCUACAUUUUUUGGUUUAUUUGAUGUACUGCGAACAAGCGUUGCUGAUCCAAAACAGCUGCAUUUUUUAACGCUUUGGCUGAUAGCGCAGGUCUGUUUGAUAACUUCUGGAUUAUUGUGUUACCCUAUGGACACAGUGAGGCGGCAAAUGAUGAUGCAAGCGGGAAGAAUUGAUAAAACAUUUCGCAGCUCCUGGAGCUGUUGGUGUCACAUUGCC